GCGCGUGCAGCGCUCGACUGGCGCGGCCUAGGGGGCGGAGCGUUUGUCGCCGCCGCCGCCGCCGCGGGCCGGGUCCGUGAGGAAGGCCUAGGCCGUCUGCUUCACGGCUUGCCGAGCGUCUGCGCAGCUUCUCCCGCUUCCCGUCCGCUGCGGCCGGGCGAGCGGAGGCCUUCCGGAGCCAUGGAGGACGAGGUGGUUCGCAUUGCCAAGAAGAUGGACAAGAUGGUGCAGAAGAAGAACGCGGCUGGUGCAUUGGAUUUGCUGAAAGAACUUAAGAAUAUUCCCAUGACUCUGGAAUUAUUACAGUCCACGAGAAUUGGAAUGUCUGUCAACGCUAUUCGCAAGCAGAGUACAGAUGAAGAAGUCACAUCUUUAGCCAAAUCGCUUAUCAAAUCCUGGAAAAAAUUAUUAGAUGGACCAUCAACUGAUAAAGACCCUGAAGAAAAGAAAAAAGAACCUGCAAUUUCAUCACAGAAUAGCCCUGAAGCAAGAGAAGAAAGUAGUUCCAGUGGCAAUGUAAGCAGCAGAAAGGAUGAGACAAACGCUCGAGACACUUAUGUUUCAUCUUUUCCUCGGGCACCAAGCACUUCUGAUUCUGUGCGGUUAAAGUGUAGGGAGAUGCUUGCUGCAGCUCUCCGAACAGGAGAUGACUACGUUGCUAUUGGAGCUGAUGAGGAAGAACUGGGAUCCCAGAUUGAGGAAGCUAUAUAUCAAGAAAUAAGGAAUACAGACAUGAAAUACAAAAACAGAGUACGAAGUAGGAUAUCAAAUCUUAAAGAUGCAAAGAAUCCAAAUUUAAGGAAAAAUGUGCUGUGUGGGAAUAUUCCUCCUGACCUGUUUGCUAGAAUGACAGCAGAGGAAAUGGCUAGUGAUGAGCUCAAAGAGAUGAGGAAAAACUUGACCAAAGAAGCCAUCAGAGAACAUCAGAUGGCCAAGACAGGUGGGACCCAGACUGACUUGUUCACGUGUGGCAAAUGUAAAAAGAAGAACUGCACCUACACACAGGUGCAAACUCGUAGUGCUGAUGAACCAAUGACAACAUUUGUCGUAUGUAAUGAAUGUGGAAAUCGGUGGAAGUUCUGUUGAGUUGGAAGAAUCGGCAAGGUAUCUGGACCAUUAAGAAAAAUGGAUUUUGUAAUUAGCUUUAAAAUUAGGCCAGGCAACUCGCUUCCCUGCAAGUGAUAAUUGUAACCAUACACGUCCCAUGGGUUGGUCUUUGUUUUUCUCCUAACAUUCUUCCUUAAAGGCCUUCUGUGGUUUCAGACCAGCUAGGAGACCAUAGAAGAAUUAGAUAAUGUGUUGCGUUUUUUUUUUUUUUAAUUUUUAUAAGUAAGUUGAUGUUACAUUUUAUUAAAUAUUAACCUUUUGAGUCUGGAACACAUAAAAAUUCUGUUGUUCUCCAUUAAAGACAAAUUGCUUUUUCUCAUUGGUAUGUACCUAAAAUAUUAAAGGGAGAGAAAAGGAGUAAUAUAAACGUUAGAGUUACCAAAUAUGAUAUGUAUUCCAGUAGUACUUGACCAGCUUAUCAAAAUUGUGCACACUAUUUGAUCUAGCAUAUGAAUUUGCUCUUAAUUACCAUGCUCACAAAGCCUUGGAUCCCUAGAUCUCUUGCAUCUGUGACUAACUGCAGUGAUCAUUUGUAUUUCUUAUACAUGUAUAUUACUAUUUUUAAUAGAUUUUUCUUUGGGAAUUGACUUGAUUGCAAUCAGUUUGGUUUUAUUUGACUUUGCACUCUAUUUUAGUUUCACCAAACUCUGUUAUAGUUUCCUAGGCUUUCACAAAGCCCCUCACAGGCAUACUUCUGGUGAAUAUUCCAGACAUGCUGGGAAGAAAAUGUCAGCAUCUUAGUAGAGUUCCUGGAGACAGCAUGACUGGACUUGCACUUGGAAAUCUACUGACCAAGGAUUAAGCCUAAGAACUGUGUAAAUCAUUAAGCUGUGCAUAUGGAGAUUGCAAAAAGAAAAAGAAAAAUCUUUUAGUCUGAAUCUUUUGUGCUGACUUUUUUCUUACAUGAUGAUGUUGAGCCAACUGAAAUGUAGGCUAUAGCAAGUAGUUUUACAAUACAUAUUUCACAAUUAAGUUUUACCUUUGUUUAAAUGUGUCCCGCUUGUUUUGCUGGUAAUAAAAAGCAGUGGUUUUCACAUGGUUUUCUUGAUACAGAUGUUCUGAUGCAUAGAGUAAAGGCCACUGUUGCAAAGCUUACAACUUACGUGCUUCUGCAUCUGGCCAGACUUUUAUGUAAAGACCACUGCACAAGCUUUGCACUCUGCUCUGCAGAUUGUUUGACAUAACAUAGAAAACAUUUAAAUGUCCAUGUUAAAGAGGAUUGGUCCAUGGGUAAUUUCUGUCACUUUAAAAAUAAAGUACAUUUUGAAAGAAUUAGUUUAAAAAUAAUAAGGUUAAAAUAGUCCUACUUUUAAGUGAUCCAUUUUAAAAUUUGUAAAUCAAUAAAUUUUUUUUGUUGUUAAACAGGUA